CCCAGUUGGAAAUGGCAAAAAUAUCGACAGAAUUGCAAGUGCUGCAGCGAGAAAGAGAAAAAGAAGCUGCCAUGGCGGAAGCAAAGUACAUAGAAGAAGCUGAAGGGUCGCGUGAUCUGACCGCAGUAAGAUCUACUUUAGAAAGGACCAGACUGGAACGCACAAGCGACUAUGUACAAUCUCAAAUAGACAGGCAGGCUCGUCUCCCCUCUCCAUACGUAUUCGAUAACUUCCCCAGCUACGAGGAACCUCAGAGAGUCACGAUUGCAUCACAUCCAUACGAGGAAGGAAAUUUACCCUCACGGCUCCGUGAUGAAGUCAAGAAUGAAAGAACCGUCAACGCUCCUUCACCCCCACAACAGGACGGCGGGGAGGGAGAGGUUCACUCCGGGACAACAAUUGUCAGCUCGAACUGGACAGAAGUUUGCGGUCAAACUCAGUCAAGCCGUUCUUGUUCCGAGAUCUGCCUCACUAAGGUGUACCCUAAAGGAGCCAAAGACAUGGCCAUCAAAGCCUAUGUGAUUCUGGACGAUCAGAGCAAUCGUUCACUAGUCAGUCCAGAGUUCUUUAAAUUGUUCAACAUUGAGAGUGAGCGGUUCCCAUACUACCUCAAAACUUGCUCAGGCAACAUGAAAACCCAAGGAAGGAAGGCAGAAGGCAUCCAGAUCGAGUCCCUGGAUGGUAAAGUCGUCAUCUGUCUCCCUCCGCUCUUAGAGUGCAAUGAAAUCAUGAAUAACCGCGCUGGGAUCCCGACACCAAGUGCGGUGCUACACCAGCCGCAUCUCCACCACAUCGCCAAACACAUCCCAGAACUGGAUCCGAAAGCGGAAAUACUCCUGCUAUUAGGAAGAGAUGUUAUCCAGGUACACAAGGUUAGGCAGCAGAUCAAUGGACCACUCAACGCCCCCUUCGCGCAACGUCUGGAUCUGGGCUGGGUGGUGAUAGGAGAGGUGUGUCUCGGUGACGUACACAAACCGAUGGUUAACACACUCAAGACCAAUGUGCUAGAGAGUGGCCGCCAUUCAAUCUUUCAACCCUGCCCGAGUGUCCCGUGCAUCAAAGAAGCACAACAAGACAUUACCAAGCGUAAAGUAACCGACGAGACGCUAGGUCAGUCAGUUUUCGUUCAAACCGAGCACGGAAACAAACUUGCACAAUCAGCUCAAGAUACCAUUUCUUUAAAACCCAAAGACACCAAGGUCUUCAGAGAUGAAGCAAAUAAUGGGGUUGCCCCAUUGCCUAUCAGAGAACCAUGCCAGCGCUCACCAGAUAACAAAGAGCAGGCAGUCAAACGGUUCACGUCCUUACGGAAAACCUGGAAAAGGAAACCUGAGAUACAGCAACGCACCCGAUUGGCCCACGAGGUACUGUGCACCCUAAUGGCAGAGGUCACAGCCAUUAUAAACGCACAAUCAUUCCUACCUGUGUCUUCUGACCCAGAAAACCCCUUUAUACUUUCGCCAUCAAUGCUCCUUACACAGAAGGCAGGGGCACCUCCUCCACCAGGAGACUUUUCAGACAGGGAUCUGUACACAAAGCAAUGGAGACAAGUCCAGGCUCUGGCAAAUCAGUUCUGGUCUCGCUGGAGACAAAAAUAUCUACCUUUGUUGCAACAGAGACAAAAGUGGACAGAACCCCGAAGGAAUCUUCAAGUUGAAGACUUAGUCCUGCUCAGGGACAAGCAAGCCACCCGCAACAGCUGGCCAACGGCCAGAAUCACUGCUACAUUCCCUAGCGAGGAUGGACAUGUCAGGAAGAUCGAAUUGAAGACUACCGACCAAGGCGAUGUGAAAAUUUACCAAAGGCCAGUUACAGAAGUUAUUCUACUUCUACCCAAUGACUGAUUAAGAGACUAAGUUUUGUACUCUGCUCAUUGUGACCUUACGAAGGUCAAGCGGGGAGUGUGCUGUCUUUACGACAGCUAUUUAGUUUAUAAUAUUUUCGCUUAGUAAUUCAUUCAAUAGUAUUUUCUAGUUAGAAUUAGAAGUGUUUAAAGUGUAUUCAUUGCAUGUAAAAUAUAUCGGCAUGCGAUGACGUCACAUCCGGUUUCGCCGCGUCUUGUGGGAAAACACCGGUUUGAAAUUAGCGCGAGGGUGGGGGCUUUCCACGAGGCUCACCUGAGCACAAGCAGUUUUGCAGGCAUGAGAAAUCACAGUGAGAGCAACGCUUUUUCACCAUAUGUUAAUGUGAAGAGUGAACAGUAAAUGGUUAAUCUUACUGCGAUCUGGUUCUUAUUAACUGUGGUUUAUCCGGACGUUAAAUUCGG